ACACACACGCACGCACACACAGACACACACUGAUUAUCACACAGUGAUUAUCUCAUCCUGUAAUAGAGUGUCAUCAUCCUGGUCUGCUGCACUCACACAGCUGUAUUGUGUCACUUCAUUCAUGAAGUGAAACUAUUUUUGAAGCUGACUCUUCUCAUUUGUUCAGCAUGGAGGCGGUGGCUCUUUUCUCCUUCACAGCUUCAGAGGCAGACGAGAUCAGUUUCCAGAAGGGCGACAUCAUCAAGGUGACAGAAAUGGAGGAUGAUUCUUGCUGGUUCACAGCAGAGGUCCAGGGGAAGCGAGGCUACGUGCCAGAGAACUACAUUUCCCUCCUUCCUUACCCGUGGUUUGCGGGACGGGUGUCACGACUCGAUGCUGAGAAGCGUCUUCGCUGGCAAGACACCGGAGUGUUCCUGGUGAGGGAAAGUGAAUCAGCUCCCGGGGAGUUUUCUGUCUCCGUGAGCUAUGGUGACAGAGUGGAGCAUUUCCGGGUGCUGGAGGGGGGCGGUCAGUACUGCAUCUGGGAUGAGUCCUUCUCCUCUCUGAACCGUUUGGUGGAUUUCUACAGAACUCACAGUAUUGCUGUGGAGAAAGUGGUCCUCCUCAGAGACCCUCCCGUGUCCCCUCGCCUGCUGUCCCAACCUGGACGUAACCCCUACCCCAACCCUUACAAAAGCAGCUCUCAAGAGUCCAUCCCCUCGGCCCGCCUCUUCUCUCACCCCGCUCACCCAGAGAGAGAGCGUGUGCUUGAACCAGUUAUGGCGAAGCCUCGACUAGCCCAUGCCCUCUGUGACUACACCCCUCCUCACACUGCCCACCUCCACUUCCUGCGCGGUGACAUCGUUGACCUUCUGGACUGCUCAAGCCAUCUGUCCUGGAGGGGCCGCUGCAGAGGGCGAGUAGGAAUUUUCCCACCGGAAUAUGUCCAGCCGCUGUACCACUGACAUCAUAUCAGACUUCUAUACCAUGGCUGUAUCGUGACUAUUAUCUGUCCGACUGUAGUGAACUUCCUUAUUUCUCCAGUGAAUGAGAUAGUGAUGAAACAAUUAGUCCUUUAAUGAACUAAAGAGUGACCAGAAAACUUUAAAAGACGCCGAUUUCGAUUGUUGAUUGAAAGAGCUGAAAAUAACUUAUUUUGGGCCCAACUCCAAAGUUUGUACAGUUUUAAGUGGGCAGGGAUUACAUUGGUAGGAAUGUAGCAUAAUAAGACAAACAAAUGUUCAACCAAACUGUUACAAUGAAGUUGUUUUGUCGAUAAUGCAGGUUGUUGUCAGGUUCUAACAGGGAUAGAAGACGUUUCUACUGCUUUAUUCUGGUAAUUGAUGCAGGACUGGUAGAUUGAAGCCAAGCUUUUAGGGGUUUAACUUUAAUGUCAAUCCAAGCAUCAAGCAAAACAUGCAAGAUGCUACCUUGAUCCUUUCCUUUUUUCCUUCUCCUAUUAUU